AUGGCUCCUGGUAAUAAGGAGCGACAUCCAGGACACACGGGCACUAUACCGAAAACUAAAGUGAGGAACAAUUGUAAUGUGCCACAAGAAGCUGUAACACCGACUCGACGAGACAUGGCAACUAAUCUAGUGACGAUCUUUAUUACUUCCCAUAUGGGUGGUUGUUUUUCAAAAUUGAAGCAAAAAAAGACUUCUCUGGAUUGGGUUCCAGUUUCAGAAUAUAAUGCAAGAUCAAAUUGUAAUCAAACAAGAAAACAAACAAACAACACAUCAGACCAAGAAUUAACAGAUUUAGACAAUUCUGUGUCAUUUGAAAGUGGAUUUGGAAGAUUUGUUCCUGUGAGGCCACAGCCUCGGGCUCUGCCUUUAACUGUGCAAAAUCGUGAAGCUUUAACUGCAGAUCAUCAUGAUGACAGUGCUUCUUCUUCCUCUCACACGUUACAUCCAUAUGCACACCAAAUGCAAAAUGGUCUAAUUCCACAUUCAAAUCAUGCAGCAGCUGCUGUUAUGAUAGUUAACCCAACAACACCAAAUGCUGUUGCAGGGAAUAUGUCACAACAAUUUAAUAGUCCAAAUCAAAAUAGAAACAAUCUGACAAGGAAUUUAAAUUCCACUCGCAAUACCUUUGAAGGAAGCAAUUCUAAUAACAAUAACACUCAAACCAUAACACAUUCAAGAUCUGGUACAAAAUCUGUUAAUUUGAUAAAAAACAUGUAUGAUCAGGGUCAAGGCAGCUUCAACAAUAUAAAUGAAAACAACCUUGUUCAUAGAGAAUCAGCCAGGGCUCUUGGAGAGGCGAUAGUGGCCGCAUGUCCCGAUGCUGCGGCAGUGGAAAGACGCCUAGGACAAAUCAGGGAAUAUAUACGUGUCACAUCUUCCCUUGUAGACACGAUGCGAAAUUCUGAAGAUGAGGCAUUUAUUGAGCACACAAAGGAAGAAUACGAUGAAUUAGUAAAAAUGGUAAUGCAGUUGAAAGAAAGUGAAACAAAACUAGAAUCUAUGCUUACUGAAAAGAAAACUGAAAAUACUGAAGUCCCAAAUGAGGAUUCAAGUCAAUCGUCCAGUCAAGUACAAGACAUAAUUGAAUCAGAAACUAAAAUCGAGGGGGUACCGGAAAAAAUAAUAAAUCAAGAUAAAACUUGUAAUAUUAAAACUAAUAAUGAUAACAGCAUGGUUCACAAUUUGAAAAAAGUUACAAAUAUUGAAAAUGAACAUUUGAAUAAAACUUUAACGAAUGCCAAAAUCAGUGAUGACAUACAAGUUUCGAAAGAAAUGUCUAAAUCAAAUGAAACUGAAGACAAUGUUGACCAAUUCGGAAGUAACACAUUAGAAAUUAAAGAAAUAGAGUCAAUACCUUGUCCUGAAAGUGAGCAAGAUGUAGUUGUAAGGCCAGUGUCGGUUCAAAGUAAUGGAUCUACCUACAGCGAAAAUGAACUUUGGCAGAAUGAAAUCAAAAACAAAAUGGAAAUCUCUCAGAUUCGUCUCACAGCUCUUAAGCAACAGCAAAAGAGGCUUCUUAAGUAUCAGGCAGAAGCUAAACAGCAACUGGAAGAAUUACACAAAGAGAGACAAUCUCAAGAAAUACAUCAUCCAUCGACAUCGCAUGAAAACUUUAAUGGAAUGCAGAACUUAACUUUAAGUGCUAAUUACCACCAACCCAACCGCAUGUACGGCGCGAACCAGGUCGGCGUGGCGACCACGCUGCCGCACGCCGCGGACGGCGAGCGCGCGCCCUCCGCGCACAGCCACGACGACCGGUUCUCUCUGCGGGACGGCAACAUCGCCAGCAGCGAGGAGGCAGCCGGCGGCGGCCGCGACAGCGAGGCGGAGGAGGACGAGGGCAUGCUCACCGAGCGCGAGCGCGUGUUGCGGCUCAAGCUGCAGGAGUUGCAAAUGAAAAAACAACACAUGGAGAACUUAGUGUCAGAGUUCCAAAAACUUCAAAUGGCGACUAGACUCGGCAGCUCACAUAAUACUUAUUCUAGUUCUAACGAAGACAGUGCAGAUGAGGAGCCAUCACGCAAAUGCAAUAAACCAGGCGUGAAUCUCAAAAAUGAAGAUCCAUUCAAGCUGAUGGAAAUAAAGGCUAUAAAAACUGCCUUACAGAAAACCAAAGAUCUCAUGCGGUCGGUAGAAACUUUUGAAGCAGAUAACUUAUCUGGAGUACACGAGGACACCUUCCAUAUGCCUAGUCAUUCAAGUCAUUCAAACAUACACGACAACAAGUCGGAGGGCGGCUGGUCGGAGGGCAGCGUGUGCCGCGUGCGCAACGCGCUGCCGCCGCGGCGCAAGCUCACCAACGAGCGCCCGCACGCGCCGCCCGCCCUCGCGCCGCACGCCCUCGCGCCCGCCCUCGCGCCCGCCCUCGCGCCGCACGCGCAGCAGAGUCAUGAAGCUAACAUAAACUCUCUACAAGAGCUAGCCCAGGAACUGCGCAUGGAGACGGAGAAGAUAAUGGGUGAACGUGCGCAUAUUAAAGAUUUGGUGAUCAUUAAAGAGCGCAAACAAAAGAAGGUGAACGAAGAGGUGCGCGCGCCGCCCGCGCCGGCGCCCGCGCCCGCGCCGGCGCCCGCGCCCGCGCCGGCGCCGGGCCCCGCCGAGCGCCGCCAGCUGCAGCUGCGCGCGCUGCUCGCCGACAAGCAGCGCGAGCUCGAGGCGCUGCUCAACAAGGAGGCAAUGGGCAACACUUCAGAAGCUCAGAUGAUGAAAACUGAUCCUCGCGUCGCCGCCGUAGCUAACCAUUCCUAUAACAGUGAACAAGAGGAACCUGAAUCUCAUUCCGAGCAUGUGCAGUUAGAAUCGCAGAAUUCACGAGAUAAUGAUAACUUCAGGGGCGGCGGCGACAGUGCACUGGGGCGUGCCUCCAACACGGCGCCUUCGCACGUCGGCACGUACGCCAGCGAUAGCGACAGGGAUAGUUCGAGAAACAAAUCCAAUCAAAGAAAUCGUCUUCGACGACGACCAACUCAAGAUCGUCAGUCUGAAGAUAACAAUGCUUCAGUUGCUGCAAAUAAUAGCAAUACAAACGUACGUCACGAUUCCCGCUCGGAUUCUUCAAAUGUCAAUAUGAUCCCACCUACGCAAAAUAACGACAAUGCAGCGAAUAUGCCGUACUCUCACCUGCCACCAACAUGUUGGAAUACAAGCAAGUCAAAUCAGGACGCGCGCGCGAACCAGUUCACGCAGAACGCCCACUCGCAGACCAUGGACCGGCUCGUGGGCGCGCCUCAGGUGUCGUUCCCGCCCGCGCUGCCCUACAACAUGAUGAUGCCGUACGGUAUCGUAGGCGGAUGCGGGUGCGGCUGCGGGCUGUGGGGCGCGUGGUGCUGGCAGCAGCUCGUCAUGCAGCAGCGGGAGAUACACCAGCUCAGAGAUCAGCUCAACCAUCUCGAGGAACGUUGGCGAGCAGAAACAGCAUCGCAUACACUGAAUAACCAGGUGCCGCCCGGCAAUCGAGCCAAUAACUAUUGGGAUAACUUUAGAAGCUACUCGCGACAGAACCUGCUGUCGGCCAACAGCAAGAGUAAUGCAGAGACGCAGUCGAGUGCUGCGCCACUUGUGGAGCGCUCUCACAACAGCCUGCACCACACGUCAUCUUCCACCUCACCAUCGCUCACCCCCAAGCGCAACACGGAGACCGCAUCGCCCCACCCGCACCCCCACCCCCCGGGCGGCGCGGGCGCUGCGGGGGCGGAGCACCCGCCGGCGCCGCGCCGCGCCUACGAGCGCUCGCUCUCGUUCUCCUCCGCGCCCGACGUGCUCAACCUCAACCAGCACGACGAGCCGCGCGCCGACCCCCCCGCCAACGCAUUCCGUAAUCUCAACUACGCAGACCCCAUUCCGGAGAUCAUCCAGGCCCACUCGAACAACCUGAACUCUCCCGCAGACAAGAGAAAGUCUUCCGCCAAGCUGCCGUCCAAGAACUCCACCAGGAGAAACUACGCGCUGGACUUCUCGCCCACCAGCAAUAUCAACAUAGCGAGCGCUUCCGCCGAGCCGCCCAACCCUAACCUCGCCUCCACCAGCCGCGAGGACAAAGCGACGACCAAGCUAUUCGAUCUCCUUAGAGAGAAUAUCUAUUCCGAAGUGACCACGCUCAUCGGCGUGAACGAGUCUCAUCCGGACUUUUUGAUUCAACUGUUCCGGGAGCUGCAAUUGAUCAGCUCUGAUCCGCUACGGCAGAAGGUUUUGCAGUCCAUACGGAAUGUGUUGUCUCAGUACGGAGCUCUUCUUGAAAAUCAAAAUAACGACGCAGAAAAUGCGGAAGGUGCCAGCGAGGCCGUCAUAACGUCGACAGAAGGCAACUGUCACGACUGUAGUAACCAGAAUGUUUGCUCAAGUACCGUACAAAUCGAUAACAAGAUCGUGCGAUUUCUAUUGAUGAAAAGCGAGGAAAUAUUUACAUCUGAGCUGCUAGAAUCUUUAGCGUCUAACAUUCUCGGCAAUUGUACUGACAGCAGGCAGUCAAGAAGGCUGCUCGAAUUGCUUUCCAAAUACGAGGGGUUGAGAGUUUGUGACGUAUCUAGUGACAUAAUCGAAAACUUGCAAUUAUUUAAUUCGGGAAAUUUGGAAGAUGAAUCAACACAUUUGACGAAUGAAGCCGCUGAAUCGACAAUUUUGCAGGAUGUCGCGGGAUCCCUUAACUUAUUUAGUACCAGCGAAACUCAGUUGCACUGCAACGCGUGUCCUUACGACAUGUGGCCGGGCCACGUGCACCUGGACAUGGACGGGAACGAUCUCAACGAUAACAGCCCGCGUUCGAGCCAAGAGGGGAAAGUUGAUCUCAUAAAUUGUUCGGAAAUGCAUAAUGGUGACUUAGCGGAGGCGGACCAGACGUGCCCCGCGGACGCGGCCGGGGGCGCCGACGCGGGCGCGGAGGCGCUGCCCGACGUCGUGGAGACCGACGAGGUGACGCCCACAGAGGCUGAAGCAGAGUGGCUCGGGCUUGACCGUGUGCCAACAAGGCUGCAUAUGGAGGAAUCAUCUGAAAAACAAAAAGAU